AAUGGACACGGUAGAGCGUCUCUCUCCGCGCACAACAGGACAGUAAACGCAGACGGUGGUCGGACGAAAUCAAGAUGCCUGCGAACCAGACUCGAUCCAGGGCGAGGGAGCGGAACAAUGUGCUCAACAGACCCGAGUUUAUGUCUUUAAAUCAGCCGAUAAAGAGCGGCGGCGGCGGCGGCGGCGGUGAAUCUCGCGGUACCGCGCGCAGGCCGUCGCAGAGACAACAGCAAAAUCAGCAGCAGCAAGGUGAUAAUCCGCAGCCCGAGAACAACAAAGACAAGAAGGAGCUGCCAGAAGAAGACUGCAUGCAGCUAAACCCCUCAUUCAAAGGCAUCGCCAUGAACUCUCUUCUGGCCAUUGAUAUCUGCAUGUCUAAACGGCUCGGUGUGUGCGCGCACCCCUCGUCGUCGUGGGGAAGCGUGCGCUCCAUGGUCAAGCUGCUCGCGCUCACUGGACACGGCAUCCCGUGGGUCUUCGGCACCAUUGUGUGCCUUAUGAGAAGCAACACGUUGGCAGGGCAAGAGGUUUUGGUCAAUUUGCUGCUAGCUCUCCUGCUGGAUGUGAUGACCGUAUCAGGCAUGCAGAAAUUGGUGAAGCGUAAAGGCCCAUGGGAAAUGCCCCCUGGCUUCUUCGACUACCUGGCCAUGGACAUCUAUUCCUUCCCAGCGGCUCAUGCGAGCCGAGCAGUCAUGGUGUCGAAAUUCCUGCUAGCGCACUUGGUGCUCGCAGUCCCUCUGCGCAUUUUGCUAGUGUUGUGGGCUAUCCUGGUCGGCAUAUCCCGUGUGCUGCUGGGCCGCCACCAUCUGACAGACGUCGGCUGCGGCUUCGCCUUGGGAUUCCUCCAUUAUAGUUUAGUGGAGAUGGUAUGGCUGUCCUCCAACACCUGCCAGACUCUAAUAUCCAUUGGAACGUUCAACUGGAGCCCCCUUUACUGAUCGCUGCGUGUCUUUUGAAGGAUUUCAAAAGUCGCUGCAUGUUUGUUUUUUGUUAAGUGCCCUCCUCCUAUACUGAAAAGUGCAUGAUAGAUACAUGUACUUUUUAAAAAACGUUAUUCAAAGCAGCACACACGCACACACACACACACAUGCACAUGCAUACACACGCAUAAGCUCAAUUUCUUGUUCCAUUUCUGCCAAAGCAAUAUAAAGUUUGGAGGAAUGCUUUGGGAAAGCAUUGGGUGUACAGUUGAUCCUUUCGCUUCGAAGAAAGGAUGUUAAUGCAAGAAUGUUUCUUUGUUUUUUUAUAUUGCUAACAUUGAUUAAGGCCAUUUGGGUAUGUGUGAUUUUUAUUGGUCGGCUGUUGGAUUUUAUUGAUCACGGUAAGCGAGCGAAACGUUUGCUCAGGGACUUUUAUCAAGCAGCAUAAGGAGUCGUUUUCAGUUUUCUAUUUUCUUGGAAUCGUACGUAAUAUUUACAGCGUGUUGGAGAGAAAUGUUGUAAAUGAAACCACCGUUGUGAGACUUUUUGGACUGGUUUGGUUGCCUUGAGUUUGAAUUCAGAAGUACUUACAGUUCACGAUACUCUUGAUUGCGUCACGUUUAUAUGAAUAAAAUGACUUAAGCAUUCGUACUGUACAUUUCAAGCACAUCUUGUUUCCAACAGAAAUUGAGUUGCUGUUUAUAUGAAACUGUAUGUUGUAUGGAAGCCCCAGAUGUGUCGUUUCAAUUACAUCUCACACCAAAACGUAACUUUUUGAUUAGGUGGCUAACUUGUUUGAGUUUGUACGAUAUCAUUUGUACAUUUUAGUAUGAUUUGCUCAUCUACAAAUAGAUAUGUUUCCAUCCACCUGUUUUUGUGCGCAUUUUGGAUAUGCACAUAAAAAAUGGUUGAUGCUCAUUAAUUUUGAAAAUGUGCAUAAAAACGUAUGUUUAUAACUAAGUAGGAUAAACUUUUUAUUAGAUAAGAAAAGAUUCGCAUGAACUACAAUGGAAAUACUUUUACUGAACAAAUUCGAGUUCUUCGCAUUAAAAAGUCAUGUGAUUUUGUUACAAGAGAUCAUGUGACGAUACAAAUGUGUGUGAAUGGACAAACCAGCAGGUUGAGCACAUUGUUAAACCUCUGAAAUGUUGUUUUGUUCAUUCUAAAAUGCCGUAACCUUUUCAGUAUUAGUGUUAUUAUAUUAUUAAUUACCUCUAUAAUUGUCAAGAGCGUCUGUUCUCUACGUCUCACAUUUUCAAGCGCCACCACGCAUUCAUUGCGUGGCAUCGUCUUCUGAGGCGCAAGUCAUUUAUUAAAUAUGGAAAAGAUUGACGCAGCUUCUCCUACCACAGUAAAUUCAGUAUUUACUUAUGAUAUUUGGUCCCAGUUUAUCAAGAAGUGACGAUUUUGUUUUCUUUGAGUCAUUGGACGGAAACGCUGCUUUAUUCGCACGUCUUUUAUGCGAUAUUCCAGUUUGCAUCUUUGGAUAGAAACAUGACUAAUGACGGUAGGGUUUGGUGCCAUGCCUCCUUUUAAAAAUAGUAAAUUUUCCUACGACUGAACUCGUAUGAAUUUGUACGAAUUAGCCACUAAACUGACAAAACGUAAAACAGUUACGUUUCCUUGUGAGAUCAGGCUGGCCAAUUUGUAUGGAUUCCACAGCAGUUGUUAUGUGUUUGGGCCUUCCGUAAAAUAAAAAUACCUUAAAUGAAUUUGAUACAUGAUUGUUGUCAACCAAAAGUCUUGUAGUGCUGUACAGAAAAAAAGGCAUAAAUGAUAUAACACA